CAAUUAUUUAAAGCAGUAAAUGAGACUAGUUCUGUUCCCCCCGGAUAUAUUUUAAACAUUUCCUGACAUUGAAAGCUUGACUCAUUUGAUAUUCUGGGUCCCGUCCAGCCACCUCUGUCAGCAGGACGGCAGGGUGCACUUCAUUAUCGGAAUCCACGCCUCGGACCGCAUGGAGACCAAGUUGUGCGUCUUGCGCGCAGGUCGAUGUCAUGGAUCGGAUCCUAAAACAAUUCAGAGCAUCAGACACUACUUCUACCUCUGUGGGGACGUAAAACAUGCGAAACCUGAGUCAGGGUGUCUCAGUCGGUGUUCACAAACUCAAACAGGGAACUCCCUCGACGUGUUCAGGUUGUUUCUCCGCUGAGCGCACACUCUGCCAGCAGCAUCCGUAAACAUGCCUUCGGCUCUGCCUUCUUCUAAAGCCCUCUACAUCGGGAUGGAGGUGGUGAUCGCCGUCUCGUCGGUCAUCGGUAACGUGAUGGUGGUCUGGGCUGUGCGUAUUAACCGGUCUCUGAGAGAUACCACGUUUUGUUUCAUCGUCUCACUGGCCUUGGCUGACAUUGCGGUCGGCGCUCUUGUCAUCCCCCUCGCCAUAACCAUCAGCAUCGGACUCCAGACGCACUUUUACAGUUGCUUGCUGGUCGCCUGCACAGUGCUCGUCCUCACUCAAAGUUCAAUUCUGGCGCUCCUGGCCAUCGCCAUCGACCGCUAUCUGAGAGUCAAAAUACCCAUGAGCUACAAGCGGGUGGUGACUCCUCGGCGAGCUGGCACGGCUGUGUUAUUAUGUUGGUUAGUGUCCAUCAUAGUGGGCCUCACGCCCAUGUUGGGUUGGAAUAACCUGAAGUUUCUCCGUGACAAUGGCUCCCUGGUCACUGAUGACCUCUUGGUGACCUGUGAGUUUGAGACAGUCAUCAGCAUGGACUACAUGGUCUACUUCAACUUCUUUGGCUGGGUGCUGCCCCCUCUGCUCCUCAUGCUGGCCAUCUACAUCGAAAUUUUCUACAUGAUCCACAAGCAGCUCAACAAGAAGGUAACAGCCAGCCACACAGACCCCAGCCGGUACUUUGGCAAGGAGCUCAAGCUAGCCAAGUCGCUCGCCCUCGUUCUUUUCCUCUUCGCAGUCAGCUGGCUCCCUCUUCACAUCCUCAACUGCAUCACCCUCUUUUGCCCUGCCUGUGAUAAGCCGAUGUUCCUCAUUUACAUCGCCAUCAUCCUCACCCACGGCAACUCGGCCGUCAAUCCCAUCGUGUAUGCUUUCCGCAUCAAGAAAUUUCGUACAGCGUUCCGGAAAAUCUGGAAACAGUACGUGCUUUGUCAGGAUCCAGUCGGUCGGCUUCCUCAAAGAGGGAGCCAGAGAGGAGAAAGUCAUGAGAGGAGGCUGAGGCAGAAUGACGAUGAUGAUGAUGAUGUGUGACCCUUGGCAACUAAUUGGAUUGCUGUGUAACUGUUAGGUUUCACUCCACUGGUUCACAGAGUGGAAAAUACUUUUUCAUGCUCGAGGAAUUACUGGUCAGCCUUAAUGGUAUCGCAGGAUGUCAGAGGGACGAAAGAGAUGAGGAAACGCCAUCAAGGACUGACUGAUUUCCUCCAUCCAACACACUCUGAGAGGGCAGGAUGACAAAUCAGCAUGGAGACGGGAUAAACAUCUUAAAUCAGCCUGAUUGUUUAUUUGUUUAUUUCCACUGGCUGACUAAAUGAAGUUGAUGUUGCCUGAGAUAAGGGACUUCUCAUCAAUUUUCAACACAAACCUGUUGAACUUGAAUCAGUAAGUCUGUAUCUGUAGCACAUGCGGUACAAGAGGAGUGUAUGCCGUGUUGUAUUUUUGACCUGAAUUAAAACCUUAAGCCUCUUUUAAUGUGAAUAAUCUCUAAUAGUUAAGUUAAGCAUCAUAUUAUGUGCUACAUCUACAUGCUUAGUUCUGUGGCCUUAAGGACAGACAAUGUGAUGAAGAGGAACUAAGGCAUUAUGUGAAUCUUGUAAACCAAGCAGGAAGUUUGCGCAACCAGCUUGAUGCUUUGAGAUGGACCAGGACACAGGAUGUAAUGAAAGCUGGCUGCAUGGAUAAGAACAUUUAAAAUUGCCUCACUUUGAAUUACAAACCAGGAUCAAACGUCGGCUGCACAGUAACUGAUUAGACUUAUGGUCCUUACAGAUGUGUGGUGCAAUCCAGCCCAUGUGAAGGUAUGUUUUUUGACGUAUUUGAGACCAUUUGACUGAAUAGAACUAGCUAUUAGUUGUAGCUGAAAACAGCAUCCGUGCUAGAAGAAAAAAUACUUAAUGCUCAUUUUUAAAUAUGUGUGGACAUGGACAAUGGUAAAACCACCUAUUAGUAACUAUAUAACUGUAGCUACAGGACUGUGAAUCUAAAGAUUGUUGGAGCUCCUUCAUCCAAUAAGCUUCAUUUUAUCUGGGUGAUAAUCAUUUCGACCUUUUAAUGUACCUCUACUGUACAUGUAUCACCUGGCCCUUUCCACUACUAGCAAGUGUUUUCAGCUACAUUUUCACAUUUCCACCCAAUUAUUUGUGAUGAAGUAGGUAUCCCAAUGUAGCGUCAUCUACAUACUCUCUGUCAUUUUCUUUUACGGAGCUGAUUUAAGCCGACCAGUGUUGCCCUUUAAUAUGAGUGAGAUUCGACAUGAAAAUACAUGUUGAGACAGGACUGCUGACACACAAUAAUACAUACUGUAUGUAACUAAUAUAUGUAUAAAUGUUAAAAGGAGAUACUCUUACUCAGAGAUCAGUUCUGUCACUUAACCAACAGCUGUUAAUCUCUGACACAUCCCUUUACAGUUGUUGAUUGAGUUGGCAGAUUGGGAAAAUACUCCCAAGCAUCUCAUUAUUGUCAGACAAAUGGAGACAGGAGAGUAAUCAAAAAUGUAACAGCAUAUGGUGAGCCCUGAUUUAAAUGUAUUAUGAUGUAUGUGUAUUACUGUAGCAGGUGGAAGCAUCAGAAUCCACUGUUUGUGACAGAAAUAUCAUCUAAUUUUCACAUACUGUGUAUCGAGGCUAAAAGCCAUCAGUGGUGUGAGGCCAUUUAUUGUGCGCAAACGUCUUUCUUCUGUCACUGAGGAGAGACGUGGACAUGUGUGAAUCAGUGAGGAGGUUAUAAGGGUGAGAGUGUGAGGGCGUGAGGUGGGACAGAGUGGAAGGAUUAUUCUGUUUACAAGGGAACCAGUAGGCGAGAGUGCAGCCGAUGAACUCAUCAAGAGACACACUCACUGUAUUUUCAUUGCCGCUCUUGUAAGGUUUCCAUGUGAUUCUUUUUAUACGUUAUGCUCAUGUAAAAUGCUUUUAAAGCCCCUAUGUGUAGAAUUUGAUAUUAUACAAGAUAUUUAGAAGAUCUGUUUACUUUGACUGAACCGGUGUGAUAAAUUAAAGAUGAUUUGUGCAAUAUUGUCAGAUGUACAUUAACAAUGUCAAAAGGAACUCUAUAGCUUAGAUAUUGUAUAUGUAGACACUGUUAUUCAGAAACAAGUGCUGGAGGUUCAGAUACGUCUUAAUAUGUUAAAUAAGUGAAUAAAUGGGUCAAUAGAUGGAGCCAAAACACGACAAGCGGGCUCUUAAUCUCGGCCGUGAACAA